UCCUGCAUCUGUCUGCAGCAACCCGUCCGAGCAGCAGCAGCAGCAACAGCAGCAUCGAGGGAGUAGUGAAUGUUUCUCGCGGCCACGAGGACAAACACUCUCACCUGCCUGCCAUAUCUGCCGACCGCUCCAUCCCUAUCCCUAUCCCUUCCCCUCGCUCCCGCAGGACGCAGAACACCACACUUCUGUUCGAUCUGCAGUCGAGCUUGGAGCACCACCCAAUGCCCUCCAACAAUCGAUGUAGUGGAACCACCUGCUAGUCUCUAGCUCCGCACAAGUGCCCGAGCUCCGGCAGCAAUGGAGUCCCGCAACAUCUCCUCUUCCCCUCGGCAGCAGAAGAGGGAAGAAAAUGACAGCCUUCCCAUCCUGCUCUCCGCAGACGACUCGUCGACUCUCUCGCCGACGCUGAACGAGAACGACCGCAGCGGUGCCACCACGCCGAGAAACGACAACUCGACCUUCUCGGAAGCCGACACCAUGAAGGAGGUCGCUCCCCAGGUUUCCGUGCCCACGCACCCGAUCCCGAGCAUGCAAGGGGCCUUCGAGGAAUCCAUGCUCGAAGCCUCCGAAGCCUCCAAAGACUCAACUCCCACCGAGAAGAAGAGUAGGGUUGGCAACGCGGCGGCAAGGAGGAAGCUGCUCCUCGAUCAGGAUAUAUCUGAGGAGACGCAUGCGGCGAGAUGGCGGCAGAAGCCCGGGCGGCAGUACCACGAGCUGUGGAAGCUGAUGGCGCAGAUCUCGUUCGGUAUCUAUCUCCUGCUGAACGGCAUUGCGAGGGAUGAUGAGCAGGUUAUGAAUAUAUUGCAGGGCCAUGUGGAUGAGGUUGAUGAGUUUCUCGAGACGACGUUGGAGGACUUUGAUCUGGCGCUGGAGGAUAUCGAUGAGAGGUUGCAGCUCCUGAAGAUGCCGUUGGAUAAUAUAGACGUCUUUGAUCAUAUGCUUGAAGAUCGAAGCUUUCGACUACAGAUUGUCCAAGGCAAUGAGCGGAUCGAGCACGCUAUAACGAGGACGGCGGCGAUGAUGAAGGAUGCGCUGAAAGAUGUGCAGCAGGGUUUGGACGCUUGCAAGGAGUUUACUAUAUACUUGGCGGAAGAGCAGGAAGAUGGUGUGUGGAUGGACACGAGGCAGGAUAUGCAGAAGGUCUUCGAUGCAAUGAAAGGGAAUGUGGAAGGUUGGUACAAGGCAUAUGUGUCACUGCAGACGAAGGGGAACAGUCUUGGUGUUGCAUUGGUACAACUUGGGUCGAUAGUGGCGGAAAUGGAUCGAAGGGCCGGUGAAGUGAGUCGAAAGACAAGAUUUGGCACAACUCCAAUGGGGUCACCAUCGCCACCAGCCUCACCACCUAGUCACCCAUCCCGUGAGAUGCGACGAUCAAUGUCGAAAACCCUUCCUUCUGAUCCGAAUCUCAUCACACCAGCGAUACGAGCCACCCUUCCAGCAUUUCAAAUGGUGCAGGACCGUGAGCGAACACCAGAACUGGACUCUGAGCAGUCUUCAACAUCAGAAGUUGAACUAGCAGAACCGGAACCUGAAUUCAUCCUCGCACCACGAACCUACACUCCGGUCCCCUCAUCAAAACCUUCUUCCGCACCCGUCGAAGAAGCCCCUCCCGCAAUCCGUGAACGCUCCUCCCUAAGAAAUCGUUUCUCCCUUAAACGCAAAGAAACCCCUUCAGAAGUAACGAUCAAAGCACCAGUUCAACGAGAUGACAGCUAUUGGUCUCCAACACAACGAAUCCACUCCGUCUCCGUCCCCGCCCCACGAGACCGAGAAUCAGCAAUCAACACUCCUCCCUCCCGCGGCCUCGACUCAGCCUACUGCUCCGACUUCGAGAAAGCCUCUCCACCAGCUGCUCUCUGGCCUGCCCCUCAACGGCCCAAAGUACAAACAGACUCCCAACUCCGCUCUUCAUCAUAUAAUCUCCCUCGCCCACAAAUAGAAACACAGCUCCGCUCGCAAUCAUACACCAAUCCUCGCCCCCUAACACAGUCCCAAAACCAGGACCAUAGGCCACCGGCAAUCUUCACGCGCGACAUCGUGCCCUCUCCGAGAAGCGACCAGCAGCAAUUCUUCCGCCCCGUGAACGCGAGUCCUCACUCUCCUCUCCAAAGACCGUGGACAGCAGGCCCGAGUAAUCCCUUACACAUGCAUAGCAAUAGCUCAACCUCCUCCUUCCGCGGCCACACCCACACGCCUUCCGCACUCGGCAACCGCAGACAAGCACCAAGCGCUAUGGGCAUGAGCGUCAUGACAGACGUUUCAGUCAUCGACAGCAACGGCGAGAGGAAGAAGGUCAAGAAAAAGAGGAGUGCCUUCGGCUGGCUGAAGAAAGCGUUUAGUCUGAGCGAGGAAGAGAAAGCGGCGUUUGAAGAGCGGAGGAGAAUGGCGACCGUGGAGGCACAGCAGUAUUAUGAGGGGGCGGGCGAGAACCGGUGGUUGGACGGGAAGAGGAUUGAUUCGAGGCCGAUGCAGGCGAGGCCGAGGACGCAGAUGACGCAAAACACCGUCCUAUAACUCUAAUUUUUCGCCCAAUUCUAUACCCAUGUCGAGGGUAGACGGAAUGAAAAGGGGUCAAGGGAAGAGGUGGUGGGAUUUCGAGAGUUGUACGAUCAAAAGGAGGAAGGAAGAUACCCGUUCUCUGCACAGGAAGAUUUUUUCCCUUUUUUCUUUUUUCUUUCUGCUUUUUUG